AUGUCCCUCGUCCUAAAGAUGGUCAACCGAUUCCCUGUCUGUUGCAGGUACGUUACAGAAAUGGUGAAAUCUGCCUUGUCCAAGAAACAAGAGACGAAGAGCUUGAGAACUAUGUCUGAGAUGCCGGGUCCUAGCGCUGUACGGUUUGCACAUGAUUUGUUCUUCAAGAAAGGACUGGCCAGGUUACAUGAGAUGCAGCUGGAGGGGAAGGCAAAGUAUGGUCCUGUGUGGAAGGCACGUUUUGGGCCUAUCUUGACAGUACAUGUUGCAGAUCCAUCAUUAAUCGAACAAGUCUUGCGGCAGGAAGGGACACUUCCAAUCCGUUCUGAUUUAUCAUCUUGGAAAGAUUACAGACAAUAUAGAGGACAUGCUUAUGGACUCCUCACAGCGGAAGGAGAGGAGUGGCAGAGGCUCCGCAGCAUGCUCAGCAAACACAUGUUGAAACCAAAGGAAGUGGAGGCGUACGGUGGUGUCCUCAAUGAAGUUGUCACUGACCUGAUCCACAGGCUCCGGCACCAACAAACCAAGAACGACCAGGUCUUGGUGAAGGAUCUGGCAGAAGAGUUUUAUAAGUUUGGAUUAGAAGGUAUCUCUUCAGUGCUCUUUGAGACACGGAUUGGCUGCCUCAAGUCUGAUGUUCCCAAGGAAACAGAAGAUUUUAUCCAAUCGAUUAACACCAUGUUUCAAAUGACACUCAUCACCAUGGCAAUGCCAAAGUUUCUGCACAAAAUCUAUCCAAAACCUUGGUGCAAAUUUAUUGCCUGCUGGGAUUACAUGUUUUCUUUUGCUAAAGGACACAUAGACCGAAGGAUGGCUGAAAUUCAACAGAAAGUAGCUAGAAAGGAGCCAAUCGAGGGGAAAUACCUGACUUACUUUCUGUCAUCGCAGAAUCUCCCCAUGAAAACUAUUUAUGGCAAUGUCACAGAGUUGUUACUCGCUGGUGUAGACACAAUUUCCAGCACAAUGUCAUGGACAUUAUAUGAGUUGUCCAGGCACCCAGACAUUCAGACAGCCCUCCACCGAGAAAUCAAAGCGAUAGUUGGAGACAAGCAUAUUCCCUCAGCCACUGAUGUGGCAAAGAUGUCCCUCAUGAAAGCUGUUGUGAAGGAAGUACUGAGGCUUUAUCCUGUAAUCCCAGGAAAUGCUCGUGUGAUUCCAGAUAAAGAUAUCCAAAUUGGAGAAUACAUCAUUCCCCAAAAAACUCUGAUUACGCUGUGUCACUAUGCAACCUCACGAGAUAAGGAAAUCUUCCCCAAUCCUGACUGCUUUCAGCCCAAACGAUGGCUUCACAAGGAUCAGAGUUUUCAUCCCUAUGCAUCCAUCCCAUUUGGAUUUGGCAAGAGGAGCUGCAUUGGAAGAAGAAUUGCAGAGUUAGAGAUCUACCUAGCACUGGCUCGAAUUCUAAUCCACUUUGAGGUGAGACCAGAGUUUAAGGGAGGCAUCGUAAAGCCAAUGACUCGAACUCUGCUGGUGCCAGAGCAUGAAAUCAAUCUACAAUUUAUUGACAGAUGACCAUGUCCACAGGACUCUUUCACAGUUAAAACUAAGAAAAAGAAACUUGCCAAAUCAGAUUAUAUCAUUUAGCCAUUUUGAGGGGGAAUCAUGAGUGGGCCAUUGUCAGCCCAGAGUUGAAUCCACGAAUAUGACCAGUGCAGCCCAACAGCUGAGGCCACAAGGUCUAAAUGCUCGUGGUAAUUGGAGAAAAGACUGUACAUCACAUAUAUAUUAUUACCUUACCAUGUCUUUGAAAAAUUUCAAGAUGUUUCACAAUCAACUAUGUUGAAAUCUGGGGACCAUUUCAUUUGGAAGUCAUCUUGGAAAGUGAAAACUCUCUCAAACUGCAAAAAUAUGGGACAAUAUUUAUUGACUAAGCUAGGAAGGGCAGACCAGGUUGAAAAGAUUUUAGUCCACCUUAAUUUAGUUUUUAUUACUGGGUUACAAUGCUGAGGGCAUGGAUGCAUUGGCAAGGGGAUAUACUGAUUUUUGUUUAAUAAGCCCCUCUGGCUAGAUGGUGUGGCCCCCAUUUUCAGGGUGGUUGUACAAAUAAUUUAAUUUGCACUGAAUAUAUUACACAAACUGUUGCAAAUAAUUGAAAUAAAAUAAUGAAAGCAGCUGUUUUAAAAAUUAAUCACACCAUAUUCCUGGUAAAUAAAACAAGUUGAAUUCAGGGAUUUAUUAAUGGCUGAGGUGGUGACCUUGAGAGAGCAGUGCUGGUAGAUUAUGGUUGCCAGAAAUUUAUUUGAAAACAGGAAGGUGAAUAACACCACUACAUCUGUUGGGUACAAAUAGUUCUUUUUUUAGAAGUUGCAAAAAUGAUUUGUUGGAGCACUUCAGCCAGUGACCGAAACACAGUCCAACAGACAACAACACUACACUCCUUCCUGAAAUACAUCAUCAUCACCAUGUCACCUAGUGUCCUGCUCACUGAUCAAUUCCAUUCAAAUCUGGGCAAUGAUCUUCUUUUAAUUUCAAGUCUUAGUUUUGUCUUCCUCGAAAGGGAAUUUUGACAAUUUAUCCUCAUUUUGUAUCUGAGACACUAGUAUCAGUAGAUAUGGUUGUUUUGUGUGCAUUUGUUUGACCUUCAGUGUAAAUGUGUGCAACGAUUUGAAAUUCUUUUAGGCAUGUGUACAUUGUAUUGAUAAUUUAAAAUAUUUUAUAAUUUU